AUGACUUCAUCGAAGGUCUUGAUGGUGCCAGGGAGCAUUGCUACCUUGGCUAUUCUACCUUGCCAUGCCCGCGACAGACAAAGCUUCUCCCUCCCGCAGAAACGGGUAGCACCGAACGCAUAUUCAGCUAUCCCCGAGAUGUACGCGGUUCUGCUCCUUUCGCUGGCUGCAGCGACAGGUGCUGCAUGGGUGGAAGACACGUUCUUCACCGGCCAGCAGCCAACUUGGAACAAGUUUGCGAUGACGGCUGAUGGCUCCGUGAUCGCUGGUGCUGGGCACAAUUCCUAUUGGGUCAGCACAGACAGCGGAGCAACCUGGACAAAGCGAUCUCCUAUGGAGAAGAAGUAUGAAGGCAUUGCCCUUUCAGCUGAUGGAUCCAAACUUGUCGCCGGUGGAAUUGAAGUGAACAUGUGGAAGAGCGAUGGCGGUCCAACCUUUCAAACGGGAUUGACUGGUGCACAAUUCCCAAGCUCAACAUCUCAGAAGCUUCGUGACCUGGCAAUGUCUCCGGAUGGCAACAUCAUUGUCUCAGCUGGUGACACCAGUGAUGUGGAUGCGCAGACCUGGACCCAGGGCAGCUUUCGAACCACGGAUUUUGGUGCAACUUGGAACCAGAUCUCGACGAUCCCAAUGACGGGUAUCGCCAUGUCGGCCGAUGGCAAUGUGAUUGCAGCCGUGACCUCGCAAAGCAACGCGGGAGUGCGUGUGAGCACUGACGCAGGUGCCAACUGGGCAACCAACACGCCGAGCGAAUCCACGAGCCUCCAUGCCAUCGCCAUGACGUCAGAUGGCUCGAUCAUGGCAGCUGUGGGCCAUGGCAACGGUGGCAUUUGGAUCAGCAAUAACACUGGCUCAACUUGGACGCAGGUCCUGUCGGAUUCUGGUGUUUGGGAAAGUGUGUCCAUGUCCGCGGAUGGCUCAGUGAUGGGCGCAACCAAGAUGUCUUCGAAGCUCUGGACCAGCUCCGAUUUCGGCGUCACCUGGACCGAGGAUGCAACCAGUCCGGACAAUGCCAAGUUUAUCGCGAUCUCAUCCGAUGGCACGAAGAUGGUGAUGGAGGGUGCUGGUAAGCUUCAGUACAAGGGUUUCCCCACCACCACCACCACCACCGCCACCACCACCACCACCACCACCACGACCACGACCACGACCACGACCACGACCACGACGACCAGCGAAGCCGGAAACGGAGGAACCGGCACCACGCAAGGAAGCAGCGUCGGUGGUGGCACAACAUCGGCCUCGCACCAUGCGGCCUUCAUCGGAGUGAGCUGCAUGGCCAGUCUAUCCAUGUUGGUUUGA